GCCCCAUCUCGUUCCAUUUAAAGUGCCAGUGUCAGUGUGGAAAUGGCCGUUUUGGCGGCGUCGUCAACCGCCUCCGACGGUUGAGCCGGAACCAUGUCUCAGUGCAAGAAGUUCGCGCCCAACAUCUUCCACAAGAGCAAGUGCUCCAACUGCUUUCGGCAGAAAGAGGAGCAUUCGGCCGAAGCCCUGGAAUGCAACCGGGCGAGCCGCUCGGUGGCCCGGAGCGGGUACCUGUUCGUGGCUCCGGACUGGGACUUCUCCGUGCCCCUCAACAGGACCAAGAGAUGGCAGAGGAGAUGGUUCGUCUUGUACGACGACGGGGAGCUCAACUACUCGGUGGACGAACACCCGGACACCAUCCCCCAGGGCUCGGUCGACAUGUCCAAGGUGCUCGAGGUGACGGGCGCCGAGCAGGUGACCGGUCAUCCUCACUCCUUGGCCCUCACCAGCCCGGACCGGGUCACCUUCGUCAAGGCGGCCAGCCGCGAAGACGCCCGCUGGUGGGCCGAGCUGCUGGCGGUGUUCCCCAGGCGCCACAAGCGCAACGCCACCUUCCCCGGCGGUAGGGCGUCGCCGAGUCUGCCCCAGCUGGGGCGGAGCGCGUCCCCGCAGCCCCCGCGCCCGAGGCACCUCUCGUGCAGCGGCCCCAGCCCCAGGACCAACUUCGAGACGCCGCCGCUGAAGGAGGAGCGCGAGUCGCCCCCGAAGGACGAGCAGCCCAGGCCCGACUGGCUGCCCGAGCCCACCGGGAACGUGCCCAUCGAGGCCGCGCCUAGCUCCAUAAGGAACGACUACCUGAUGAGUUCCGGCUCGCCCCCGACUCGGGACAAACUCCGCUGCGACGACAAGGCCCGAGCCCGCCGAGACUGGAGGAACGAGCGUCUCAGGGACAUCGCGACGGCCUUGACGGACCGCUCCCCGGAAUCCAGCCUGGCGCUACCAGCCGAGAGCCUCCUGCAUCUCAAGAAAGGCUGGCUGUGGUUGAAGACGCCCGACGGCGACUUCGUCAUGCGCUGGGCGGUCCUCUGCGGCCCCACCCUCACCAUCUACCAAGACCAAGACGAACAAAGUACCCCGGAGAUCGUCGUCGAGAUGUCAACGGUGACCGGAUACAACGAGAUACCCACGGAAACGAAGUUCGGCUUCGAGAUCAAAUGGGGAGGUUCGACGCUCACGUUGUACGCCGUGACGUCCGGCAUACGCUCGAAUUGGCUGCAAGCCCUGAAGAAGGCGGUCCCGGCGUCGUCUUCGGAAAGCCCCGCGACGCCGAGAUCCGUGCUCUUGUCCAGCGACGAAGAGUAUCGGACGGCGUCGGAAGGCGGCAGACGCGGCUCGGAAGACUGGAGCGAGCUGCCGCCGUCGCCGCCUCUCACCAGGACCUCCCUCAGCCGAAGCAAAGUGAUGAGGAUGCGGCCGAAGUUACCCCGGUGCCAAUCGCGACAGUCCACCCUCGACAGCACGUCCACCGACGAACUGGACUGCGUCAAACUAUCCGAAAGCGUGGAGCUGAACAACGAAAUCAACAAGCAGAAUGUCGAAAUCAGCGACCUUCAGAAGCAGCUGGCGAAGUCUGCGGAAGAAGUGAGGUGUCUGGAGGAGGAAAUUGCCAGGUUGAAGAAAUUUCAAGCUGAGGCAGUGGCUCAAGAGAAGAAGGCCAAAGACACGAUGUUGGCCUUCGAGCGCACCGAACGCGAACUAAACCAAAGAAACUCCCAAGCCGAGCUCAAGUUCGCGAAGGAGCAGCGCAGCCUCCAGAGGCGGCUGCAAGAAGUCGAGGACCUCGCCGCGAGCUACGACGAGAAGUGCGGUAGCUUGACGCGCGAGCUCCAGAGCAAGCAGCGGCUGGUGAGCAGCCUCCAGGAGGAGCUGGCGGGGACGAGCGAGCGGCUGGCGCGCUCCCGCGAGGAGAACGACAGGCUGUUCAGGAGGGUGCAGGAGAUGGAAGGUCGGCCGGGGAAGAGGAGCAUCCGAUGCGAUUCCCUCACGGAUCUGACCAACAUCGAUCUGGACGCGGACAUCGACGAGCUGGGCCAGAACGAGCUGAAGGAGUACUGCUUGGACUUGAGGGGGAGGUUCGAGAAGGCGGUGCUGGAGAUACGCGCGGUGAAGAGGGAGCUGCGGGACGCGCACGAGAAGUGCGACCACCUGGAGCUGGCCAACUACAGCGCGCUGAACAACCUGGAGAUGGCGAAGCAGGAGAGCCAGGCGGAGAUUAGCUUGCUGGUGUCGCGGCUGGAGCACCUGACGCAGAAGCUGAACGCGGCGGAGAAGCAGAUCAGGAGCAAGGCGAAGAGCGAAUCAAGAGACAAGAGGAGGUCUUUAUCCCUGAAAGGACGCGAAAGUUUCUCGAUUAACAAAGAAGUGGAGGACAAGGUGACGGAACUCGAGGCGAAGAUCCUGGCGUUGGAGAGGAGUCGGACGCGUCGGAGGUACAAGAGGGAGAGGAGCAGCGAGCGCAGCUCGCCGAUCGACGACAAGUCGUUGCGGAGGCCACGUCGCAAGAGCCUGGACAGCGCCACCUCGUCGGAGCCGAUGAAGCUACUAAUGCGACUCAGCACGCUAGAGAACCAGGUGACGAACGUGAACGCGUCGAACGAAUCCCUCAACAUCGCGUCGAGCAGUGCGGACAACCCGGCGAAGACGAAAAUCGACGAGUGUUUAUCCUUGCUGAAGACGAGCUUCAAGAGGUCGCCGGCGCUGGCCACCGUCGAACAAAAUCUGAACGAGCUGAACGACAUCGUCGACGGUUUGGGGGGGAACGUAACGAACGCGGAGAUGGGGGUGAUUAACGCGUCGGCGAACGCCGUGGUCAAGCAGUUGCAGAACCUCCUAGUGGAGAAAUUGAGGAGUUUGAGCGAGAGGAAGAGGAUUUUGAGAGAGAGUAACCAGCUGGACGGACAGGCGAAGUUGGAGAUUUUGGCGGAGAAAGUGGCCUACGAAAAUAUCUUGAUCGGGCGAAUACAAGAGGCGUUGACGACGCCGGCCACAGGUGAAGUGGGCUGCGAACGACUCAUCCAAAAGGAAGUGAAAGAAACGGCACACUUGAUGAGCUCUCUACAGAAGAAACUGAACGGAGUGGGUCAAAAACAACCGCCUUUGUGUAAAACGAGUGCGGACUACUUGUCGAAGAUCUUGGCCAAGUGUCUGACGACGGCCGCCUCCGGCGGCUCCAUUUGUCGGAACUUCGUCGAACUAAGCGGCCCCUCCAUAGAGUACCUCCAGAGGGAAAAGAAGAAGCUGGAGACGAUGUUGGAAACGUACAAAGUCAACAAACUCCCGCAGUUGGCGGAGACGUUGGCCGCUGAAACCCUCUCCAUCGACAAGAACUGUCGCUUGAAAAAGUUGAGCGACGACGUCAUCAGCGACUUCAGCCGGACCGCGAAAGACGUAGUUAAUUCGGAAUUGGUACAAUCCGAGAUCAACCACGUUCUUUUAAGAGCCGCCCAGAUCUACCAAGGCCACAUCGACGCCGACCACUCGUACUUCUUCACGUUCUUCGCGUCGGAGAGGGCGGCCUUGGAACUCUGGUCCGACUCCGUCGGUGAUUGUUUAUACGAAGAAAUGAACAAGAGCAUCUCCGAGCUCACCCAGCUCUACCUGAACCAGUUGAACAAACUCCAGCGGCAGAAUUGGCGCAGGCGGUUGGAAAGCGAGCGCGCCGGUCGCACGUCGAGCGCCCUCCUCCAGGAGUUCGCCGACGUGGUGGCCCACAAGGCGCUCAUCGACGCCCGAAUGGACGUGCUAAGCGGCAAGUGCGCCGCCUCCGGGACCCAGUUGGCGGCGACGGAGCCUCUGAACAAUUGGCUGCAGAACGACAGUUACUGGGACUGUCUCGAGAACCAGUCGGUACAAAUAAACCAAAGUGUAGAAGCCGAGUUUUCUUGUAUGAUAGAUAGGUGUAGUAGGAAUUGUUACGCUCUGGUGGGCCAGCCCGAGCUCGAGGAGGUGUUGGGCUACUUGAACGACCUCUCCGACGAAAUCGGGGAGCUGCAGAAGCACGCGAACGUCCCGGUGGACUACGACGACGCGGCCGUGAGGAGUUGGAGCGACGUCUGCACCAAGUGCAGGAGUCUGCGCGACAAGCUGGAGGAAGUUCGGAGGUCGCUGCGGAGAUCACCGUCCUUCAGACGGUUGGAUUCGUCCGACGAGCACCGGCCGGUCUACCUAGGCACCGAGUACCUGACGCAAGUGGAGAGCCUCCGCGCCGCCUACCGCUGCGCCUUAGCGUCGUGCAAGGAGCGCCACCAAGAGGCCGACAUCGAGCAGCUGCAGGUGUUGUGCGAGCGCGUGCUGGUGGCGAUGGAGCAGUGGCAUAGGCGGACCAUCCACGACAUGCGCGAGUCGCACGCCGAGGAGCUGGAGCGGCUGCGCCAGGAGAAGGAGCAAGCUCUCGCCGAGGAGACCCAAGCGACGUUGGCCGCGCUGGAUGCCAUGCGGAAGGCGCACGAAGCGGAAGUACAAAGGGAGGUGGCGAAGUUCAAGCAGGAGUACGCGAGACAGCAGAGGGACGACAUUCUCGACUUGUCGGAGAGGCUGUCGGUGAAGUGUCUGGAAGCGGCCGCUCUCGAAGAGCAACUGGGGAGCGCCACGAGACAGCUGACGCACGCGCAACAGCACAUUUUACAGCUAGAGCGGAACCCCCAGCUCUCACCCAUGCAGAACUGAAGGUGUGUAUCCGUGAGAAGCGAAUUUACUAGUCUUAACAAGCCUCAUACGUAUACCAGUAUAUUAGAACAGUACAAUAUCAUCACCGUUGUGUACAGAUCAUAGCACCGUUUUAUUGUCAUUUUUCAUAUUUACCGUUGUUUGUUUUGGUUUUUGUCAUGAACGUUAACUCGACUUUCUAUUAUUUAUUUUUUACCUCAUCAACUCUGUAUCCGAUGUUGUUAGGUGUACAAAUGAUUUUAGCUUUAGUUCUUUUUUUGUAACAGUUUAUUGUUUAUAUGUGUUGGGUUUAUAUGGAAUGUUUAUAAUUACAACAAAUAAUAUAAAAUAAGUUAUCGAGUUAAA